AUGACACCGACACCGGCGGGCGGCCGCGGCGGCUGGGGCUGGGGUGGCGGCAAGGGAGGCGGCAAGGGAGGUGACUCUGGUUCGGGGGGCAAAGGAGGCUUUGGGGCGCGCACGCGCGGCUUCAGCGGCGGCGGCCGGGGCCGGGGCCGGGGGCGCGGCGGCGGUGGCGGCGGCGGCGGGCAGCGGCGCGGCGGGCAGGCCAAGAACAAGAACCGCCGCAGGAAGGCCAUCGCCGUGUCGGUGGAGCCGCAUCGGCACGAGGGCGUGUUCAUUUACCGCGGCGCGGAGGACGCGCUGGUCACCCUGAACAUGGUCCCGGGAGUCUCGGUGUACGGAGAGAAGCGCGUCACCGUGGUGGAGAAGGGCGAGAAGCAGGAGUACCGCACUUGGAACCCCUUCCGCUCCAAACUGGCCGCUGCCAUCCUGGGUGGCGUGGACCAGAUUCACAUCAAGCCCAAGUCCAAAGUACUGUAUCUGGGCGCCGCUUCGGGAACCACUGUCUCUCACGUCUCCGACAUCAUAGGCCCAGACGGCCUGGUCUAUGCGGUUGAAUUUUCCCACCGCGCCGGCCGAGAUCUGGUCAACGUGGCCAAGAAACGCACCAACAUCAUCCCGGUACUGGAAGAUGCCCGGCACCCGCUCAAGUACCGCAUGCUCAUCGGAAUGGUAGACGUGAUCUUUGCCGACGUGGCCCAGCCGGACCAGUCCCGCAUCGUGGCGCUGAACGCCCACACCUUUCUGCGCAACGGAGGCCACUUUCUCAUUUCCAUCAAGGCCAACUGCAUCGACUCCACAGCGUCCGCGGAGGCUGUGUUUGCUUCCGAGGUGAAGAAGCUGCAACAGGAGAACUUGAAGCCACAGGAGCAGCUAACCCUGGAGCCCUAUGAGAGGGAUCACGCUGUGGUCGUCGGAGUCUACCGGCCCCCUCCCAAGAGCAGCAGCAAGUAG